AUCGUUCCUAUGGAGACGCAGAAACAACGAAAACCACCUUCGCCACUCGCAAUGUUCAGCUUCAACAUCUCAUCGCUGCUUUUCUCUACUCCCUCGCUGACCUCAAUCGCACUCGUCCUCUUCAUCACCUUCCUCACCCCCAGAUGCCUCCGCCUCCUCUUCUCUGCUGCCGCCACCACUAACCUCCACCUCCCGCCAUCACCGCCGAAGCUCCCAAUCAUCGGGAAUCUCCACCAGCUUGGGAGUCACCCUCACCGCUCGCUCCAAGCCCUGUCGAGACGCUAUGGCCCCUUGAUGCGCCUCCACUUCGGGAGCGCGCCCAUCCUGGUCGUCUCGUCCUCCGACGGUGCACGUGACAUUAUGAAGACCCACGACGUCAUUUUCGCCCAACGACCCAGGUCAACCAUGGCCGAGAGGCUUCUAUACGACCGCAAGGACUUGUCGCUGUCGCCGUACGGCGAUUGCUGGAGGCAAAUGAGGAGCAUCUGCGUCUUCCAUCUGCUGAGCAACAAGAGGGUCCAGUCGUUUCGAAUGGUGCGAGAAGAAGAGAUUUCUUUGUUUAUGGAGAAGAUUGAGCAGCACCGCUCGGUGGACCUGAGCAACAUGUUCGUGGUGCUGACGAACGACAUCAUAUGCCGGGUGGCUCUGGGGAGGAAGUACAGUGAAGGCAUGCAGGGCAUGAAGUUCAAGGGACUAUUGGCGGACCUGAUAGAGUUGGUGGGCAUUUUCGACGUUGGGGACUUCAUUCCGAGCCUUGGGUGGAUCAACAAGGUGACUGGUUUAGAUGCGAAAGGGGAGCGCGUCGCGGGCCUGUUGGACGAGUUCCUCAAUGAGGUGGUGGAGGAGCACCGGAGGAAGAUGGAGGAGAAGAGCGUCGGAGGCGGAGGUGAAGAUAGGAGAGACUUUGUGGACGUUUUGCUGGAGAUUCAGAAGGAGAAGACUCUUGGUUUUGCUCUUGGUGCCGAUAGUGUUAAAGCACUCAUCUUGGACAUGUUUGUCGGUGGAACUCAUACAACGUACAUGCUUCUGGAGUGGGCAAUGAUUGAGCUCUUAAGGCAUCCUGGAGCCAUGAACAUUCUCCAAACCGAGGUCCGCAAAAUCGUCAAUGGCAAGCCAAAUAUAACCGACGAGGACUUGGAGAAAAUGCAAUAUCUGCGAGCAGUGCUCAAAGAGACUCUUCGCCUGCACCCUCCGAUCCCGAUCCUCCCGCGAUUGUCAACCCAGGAUGUCAAAAUCCGAGGCUAUGACAUCGCGGAGGGAACUAUAGUGAUUGUGAAUGCAUGGACCAUUGGUAGGGACCCCAUGACGUGGAACGAGCCGGACGAGUUCAAGCCCGAGAGAUUCUUGAACAGCUCAGUGGACUUCAAUGGACAAGAUUUCGAGCUGAUUCCUUUCGGUGCUGGGAGGCGGGUUUGCCCCGGGAAAUCGAUUGUGAUGGCGACGACCGAACUUGUCUUAGCGCAUGUGGUGAGCAAGUUCGAUUGGGUACUGCCGGAGGGUCUGAAAGCGGAGGAUAUGGACAUGACCGAAUGCACUGGCAUUACCAUCCAAAGGAAAGUUCAUCUCCUUGCUGUCGCCACUCCAUUUCCAAGCUAAGGUUGUGCGAGGCUGCGAACAUGACGAGCGUGUGAUUAUUUGCUUUUGUAUCAUAUGGUGGACGAGAGAGACCAAAUGCACACGCUUAUGUAG